ACAAGGCAUAUCUAUAUACUUCCUUCCGCAGCUCUAUAAAUUGAAUCGGAAAAUUCAGCGAUUAGAAGGAGGCGAAGCAUGGAGUCACCGUUCAAAGCAGAGAUCCUGAAGGGGAAGGUUGCUCUGAUCACCGGCGGAGCCUCGGGAAUCGGCUUCGAAAUAUCCACCCAACUCGGAAAACACGGAGCCGCCGUCGCUCUCAUGGGCCGCCGCCACCAAGUCCUUCACUCCGCCGUCUCCGUUCUGCAGUCCCUCGCCGCCGUGGGGUUCCAAGGCGACGUGAGGAAGCAAGAGGACGCGGCCAGGGUUGUUGAAUCCACGUUCAAGCAUUUCGGAAGGAUUGAUAUUCUCGUCAAUGCUGCUGCUGGCAACUUUCUCGUUUCCGCUGAGGAUCUUUCGCCUAAUGGAUUUCGAACUGUUUUGGACAUUGAUUCUGUUGGCACAUUCACAAUGUGCCAUGAAGCACUAAAAUAUCUCAAGAAAGGGGGAGAAGGAAGGAGCAGCUCUUCUGGUGGGGGAACAAUAAUAAACAUUAGUGCUACCUUGCAUUACACAGCUUCUUGGUACCAAAUUCACGUGGCUGCAGCAAAGGCAGCUGUUGAUGCCACUACGAGAAACCUGGCACUAGAAUGGGGAACAGACUAUGAUAUCAGAGUCAACGGCAUUGCACCAGGUCCAAUAAGUGACACUCCUGGCAUGAGUAAAUUGGCUCCUGAUGAAAUAAGUAGUAAAGCCAGAGAUUACAUGCCGCUGUAUAAACUUGGGGAGAAAUGGGAUAUUGCCAUGGCUGCACUUUUCCUAGUAUCAGAUGCAGGAAAAUACAUUAAUGGCGACACUCUCAUAGUUGAUGGAGGACUUUGGCUGAGUCGGCCUCGUCAUUUAUCGAAAGAGGACGUAAAGCAGGUAUCUCGAGCAGUAGAAAGGAGAUCAAGAAAUGCACCAGUUUCUGUUCCAAAAAGCAAGCUAUGAGCCACCAGAUUCAGGUGUUAGCCACUCUGCACGGCUUAGAAUCUAUUUAUAAUGUGUAGGAUAUUAUGGAUAUCGAAGAUAUGUGUGUUACUUCUAAUGUAUUGCGUAGUGAAACUUUCUCAAAUAAAAUGUGAUUAUUAGAAGUGAGAGCUAAAUAAAAUGUGAUUAUUAAAAGUAA